GUUUGACGAGACGAGGUGCAGCCAGAUUUCUUGGAAGACCGGUUCCGUGCCAGCGAAAUUAGAACUCCUUAUUUGGGAAGGAUGAACGGCUCAGUGCUUCCGGUGUGUGGAAUUUGUGGAGAAGGCGCAGCACAUUGAUGCGGAUUUCUCGUUUCACCCCAACCUCGUCAACAACAACAUCAUCGUCGUCGUCGUCAGUCGUCGAUUCGAGAAGAUGACGACGUUCGCGGGUCCCGCCGCGUGGAUGAUCUUUCACUAAGCUCCCUUUUCGGUCCGGGGGCGCCCAUCAGUGACCGUCGAGAGUCGCUGCCGCCAACAACGGAAUAGAAGUACUUCCUCCCGAAACUUAUAGGUAGGUACCCGGCUGCCAUCGGCAUUCGAAGAGCAAAGAAGAAGAAAUACUCGCACAUUUCCGAGGAACGACGAGGGAUUUUUUUUUUCGGUUAUUUCUAACCGAGACAUCGCCGGACCACGCACUAUCCCUUGCUCGAUCUUAGAUUUUUUUUACUUCCUUGCGCGCGUUUUCUGGUGCCAUUCGUUCUGUUUCCACAUGAACAAUUCCGAGUGACCUACCCCUCAAGAGGAAAACGAAUCCAAAAGAGUGACCGCGUUGAUGAGUGACUGAGUUGAAAAACAGAAGCGAGGUUCAUCGCUUGGUGCUCGUUCAAGUCUCUCGCACUCAAGAUAUUUUUUACUCGCCCAGGGAACUCAUCCGGCUCGAAAGGUGGCCUCUAAUGGCCUCUAAAGUGAUCACACCUUUGAAGCUGCUGAUGUUCCCAGCACCGGAGACCACCCUCCUGCUCGUUUCUUCCCGCUACGAUGGUAUUUGAAGCAUCCAGGUGUGGGCUACCGAAGAAGAACCAAAGGGAGAAAAUUCCCGAAAACGAAGAUAACCGAACGCGUCGAAUAAACCGGAAAAAUAAAAAUUUAACAAAAAAUCGAAACGAAGAAAACCUUUUCCAAUUUUUCAAGCAACAAACCGAGGGGAGAAAAGUUUCUUGUGCGUGAACGUGCUUCGGUAAGAGGCCGAUGAGAAUAUAUCAGCCCAGUGAAUGAUUGCCGUUUCGGAGGAAAUAUCCGGGGUAGGAAAAGCUUCCCAAUAAACAGUGUUGGGCGCGGAUGCGGAAGUGACUCUCGGAUCAAUCGAAAAAGUGGCAAUGCGCUAUCGUCCUGGAUAACAGAUCCGAAGUUUUGUUCUCCGUAAGCGAAAAAACCAAGUUUCUGAAAUGCUAAUAAAAAGUGAUAAAAUUGUACUUUCGGAGCAAAAGCAUCACCUCUUACUUAAAUGUACCCUAAAAGAAAACUGUAGUGCAAGUCAAGUUGAUUCUAAUGGUCUGGCAAGUGAAAAUAGUGGGAUCCUUCUUCCGGGAACGUGUCAUCAAAAAGUCAGAGAAUUUGGACUGCUACCACUGCUGGACUGCUCCAGGAUAAUAAGGUGCUAGCUGCCCCCCUCGGGGAAGAAGCAAUGAGCCGGGCCAAGUCGUUACCGAACUUUGUGUUUAUUAUUUGGUUGCUUUUGCAAAUUAUGGAAAGAAUCGUUUGCCUGCCGGAUGUCCGUGCCACUUGUCGAACCGUGCCGGGAUUGACCCGGGAGCAGCUUGAAUUGUGCUACCGGGCCAGUGAUGUGACGGCGGCCGCUAUCGAGGGUCUAGAGCUGGGAGUGCGGGAGUGUCAGCAUCAGUUCCAGUGGCACCGGUGGAAUUGUUCCUCUCUGAGCACCCGGAGUCGGAAUCCGCACACAUCCAGUAUGCUGAAACGAGGUUACCGGGAGAGCGCAUUUGCGUAUGCAGUGGCCGCAGCAGGUGUCACGCACAGUGUUGCCAGGGCUUGUGCCCAGGGACGAUUGAUAUCUUGUGGCUGCGAUCCAGCCGUUAAUCGGAAAGGGAUGAGCAAGUCGCUGCGGGAGAGUUUGGAGAAGGAAAAGCUCCGAUUUCUGGAUGCCAUCAACGAGAACAGCAUCCUCGUUGAUGACAAUCUUAAGAAGCUGAGGAACAAACAGGCCAGCCGCUGGAAAUGGGGAGGCUGCUCGCAUAAUAUGGCUUUCGGGGUGGAAUUUUCAGAACUAUUUCUGGACACCCGGGAGAAGGGAGGGGACAUCCAGUCGCAAAUCAACUUACACAACAACCAUGCUGGAAGGAGGGCCGUCUCCAACAAUAUGCAGGUCCGCUGCAAGUGCCACGGAAUGUCCGGCAGUUGUCAGCUGAAGACGUGCUGGAAAUCGGCGCCCGACUUCCGGGUCGUGGGCAAAGUGCUGAAGCAACAGUACCGUAGGGCGGUGCUCGUUGAUCAGUCGAACUUCGGCAACGGCCCUCCGAUGAUCGUGUAUCACAAACCAAAGAAGCGGAAGCACGCCAAGAAUGUGCGGCCACCUCGGCGCAUCAAGGACAAGCAACAGCAACAACAGCAGCAGCAGAAACGACAACUGAUGGAAAAUCAGAAGCCACAGAUGAUGCCGAUUAGCCGAGCCAAUCGGAAGAUGGAAAAUGCACUGUUCUACUACCAAAGAUCGCCGAACUUCUGUGAGCGGGAUCAGGUGUCUGAUAUUCCAGGAACUGUUGGACGACGAUGUAACAGAACCAGCAGUGGCAGCGAAGGUUGCGCGUCAAUGUGCUGCGGUCGAGGCUACAAUCUGAUCCGCGAAAAGCGAGUCGAUCGAUGUAAUUGUAAAUUCCACUGGUGCUGCUACGUGGAGUGCGACGAUUGCGAAAUCGAAGAGUGGAUUAGCGUUUGUAAUUAGGCAAAAAUGAGCGCUUUGUCGGUCAGCUUAGGUUGAACAAUACCAAUCCUCAUGUUCAUCGGUCAGUAAAUUCGAUGUUAACUUCGAGGAACAGAAAACACAUUGAACCCGCUUUCGUUAGAAGCGUUCCACCUAUGGAGCUAGAUACUUUAAAGAGCUAGAAGCAUUAAAACCAGUUGACAGUAAUGAAUGUUUGAAUUGGAACAAUUGAAUUUCAAUCAGAAUUUAUAACAUGCCAUAGCAGUAUUACUAGAAAAUCAAAGUAUUUUAGCGCAGCCUCCGAAACAACUCUACGAAUCUAUUUGUUCUAGCCUUACAUUUCUCAUAAUUAGGUAUUCUGUACAUUUAUAGAAAGCGAUUACAAAUGGCAUGAUCGCACCACUUUCAUUUGUGUAUACCACUUUAGACUACAACCUCAAUAACGAGGGUUCUACUUUAGUUUAUUUGAUAGGUGUAUUUAUUUGUUUCUCAGUACCUGUAAAUAAAGUGAGGUUGUACCUUUCCUUUAAUGUUAAGAGAACAUAACUAUGAAAAGAUUGUUUUUCCCGCCUUUACUGCCUUCACCUACUCCCAUUUAGAUAAAUCUGUAACUGUAUACAUCGAUAGUGAUAAUGAGUUUCAUUAUUUAUAAAUGAAUGUACCGAUAUGUGGAUCAUUAUGGUGGUCUAUAU